AUGACGAAAAAGGCUAUGGCUGAUGCUUCGUCUCGGAUCUUUACCAACUCGAUGCAAGAGCUCCUUCAAAGGACGUACGGAAAUUGUAGCAAAUUACUGCAGCUACAUAUGGGACAUCCACAAACAAAGCUUCCUCUAUUAAUGAAUGAAGUUCAACGAUUUAAUGCCGGCAUGAAAGAAUUUCAUAGUAGAUUUCAGCAUCAAACACAAACAAUGCCUUUGGAGAAACAAUUAUAUCCGAAAUUGAGUUUUUUGAAAUUAUCAGUGUUUGGAUAUCAAUUGGGUUUUUAUACCACGGAGACGAUGAAAUUGGCAUGUUUAAAUCCACCAAAAAAAGAAAGAACAUCUUUUGUGGCUGGAAUUCCUAUUCAUCAAUCCAUAUUAUUACAAAAUCAACUCGUAAACAUGUUUUUCAUGAUACAAAAUUUCUACAAGUUUGAGUUGCUAGGUCAACAUCCGGAAGAGUAUGAAGAAAUUUUGCAAUUUUACAAGAAUAUCACAUCCCAAAUUGAUCCACUUUUUGAAAAUACACUACUUUCAAGCUUUUGUGUAGGAGUGAAUGUAUUUGAUUUAUUGUUCCGAUAUUCAGAGACGUUAUAUGCGGAAGGAAUAUAUUCAGACUCUGAAAAAAGCAUUCGAAGAUGUAUCGAAGAGUCUGCAAAUGCAUCAGAAAAAUGUUAUAAAACACAUCAACAAGUUUGGAGAUUUAAAGUCAUGGAAAGCAUGUGUUUGUAUCGGUUAGGUCAACUUCAUGCAAGAAAAAUUGGAGAACUUGACAAGUUGUCUAAGGAACUCUUACAAGAUAAUCCUGCUCUCAAAUAUUGGUUCGAUACUGCAAAAAAGUGCAUGCCACAAGAAACACUUGAUGAAAUUUCAAAUUCUGAUCCCUCCGUAAUACCUGGCUAUCAUCAACUAUUGUAUAUGGAAUUGAAAAAGGGACUAGAUAAACUUGUCUCAUAA